AGCAAGAUAGGGAUAAAUUAUGGUUUGAAUGGAGACAAUUUGCAAUCUAUACAUCAUUCAAUCAACCUUCUUCAAAGCAUGAAUGCCAGUCGAGUGAAGAUUUAUGAUGCUAAUCCUGAAGUACUUAAACUGCUGUCUGGAACAAAGCUUCAAGCCUCAAUCAUGAUUCAGGAUGGACUUAUCCCAGAUAUCGCUUCAGAUCAAUCAAUUGCAGAUCAAUGGGUAAGAGAUAACAUUCUUGCUUAUUACCCUCAAACAAUGAUCCGCUUUGUACUAGUUGGAAAUGAAAUCCUAAGCAGCAAUAAUACAUUGCUAUGGUACAACCUUGUACCUGCCAUGGUAAGGAUUCAUAACUCAAUCAAGGCACAAAAUAUUCAGAACAUCAAAGUUGGGACGCCAGUAGCCAUGGACAUCUUGGAAUCAACAUUUCCACCUUCCAGUGGGAAAUUUAGGCCUGAAAUUCUCAACCAUCAGGUGAUGGUACCACUGCUGAGUUUCUUGAAUAAAACCAGAUCGUUUUUCUUUGUUAAUGUCUUCCCUUAUUUUUCAUGGUCUGAAAACCCCACGAACUUAAGCCUGGAUUUUGCAUUGUUCACGGCUAAAAAUUCAUCGUACACAGAUCCAGAGAGUGGUUUGAUCUACACAAACCUCCUGGAUCAGAUGCUUGAUUCGGUUCUGUUUGCAGCUCGAAAGUUAGGCUUCGAUAAUAUUUCCCUAGCAAUAUCAGAGACUGGUUGGCCUAAUGCGGGUGACAUUGAUCAACCUGGUGCAAAUAUACACAAUGCAGCCAUUUAUAAUCGAAACCUUGUCCGCAAAGUUACUGCAACACCACCAAUAGGGACACCAGCUCAACCUGGCGUGGUCAUUCCCACCUUCAUAUUUUCCCUAUAUGAUGAGAACCGAAAAUUUGGUCCAGGGACUGAAAGGCACUGGGGGCUGCUGCAGCCAAAUGGGCUGCCAAAUUAUGAGAUAGACCUGACUGGAGUGCAAAGUGAAAGUAACUACCCCACCUUGCCACAGCCUACAAAUAACAAGCCAUUCAAGGGAAAGAUAUGGUGUGUGGUGGCGCCUGGUUCAAGGAUAACGGACUUAGGGCCCGUUUUGAAUUCAGUGUGCAAAGAAGAUAAUGGAGCAUGUGAUGCUCUUGCACCAGGGAAGGAAUGUUAUGAACCUGUUUCUCUUGUUGCUCAUGCUAGUUAUGCAUUUAGCUCAUACUGGGCUAAGCAUAGAGACAGUGCUGGUGCAACUUGCUAUUUCAAUGGUUUUGCUGAGCAAACCACCAGGGAUCCAAGCCAUGGACCGUGCAAAUUCCCAAGUGUGUCUCUCUAG